CCUUUUUGUACCCAUCAUUGAAUUCAUUUUCUUCCAUUUUCUUCUUCUUUCUAUUUUUUUUAAAUUUAAUUUUCCCUAUCAAAAUCAAUCCCCAUAAUUUCUCUCUUUUCUCUUUACAUUUUCUAGUGUAUAUAAGAAGUUUUUAUGUUCACAUAGCUGUCUAUAGCACAAAGGCCUAGUAGCCAUGGAUAAUACCAUGUAUUCUUUCAUUUCAUUUUGCAUGUUAUUGCUUUUUAGUACAUUCAUUGAAGCGGCUCCAAAUGAUUCUCUUAUAACUCACCUACCUGGUUUCAAUGGUGAUUUUCCAUCCAAACACUAUUCUGGAUAUGUGAGUAUAGGGAAGAAGAAUCUCUUCUAUUACUUUGUAGUUUCAGAAAGAAACCCAGGGAAGGAUCCAGUUGUGUUGUGGCUAAAUGGUGGACCAGGUUGUUCUAGCUUUGAUGGAUUUGUUUAUGAACAUGGUCCUUUUAAUUUUCAAGAGGGAAGCCCCAAAGGAAGCCUUCCCACAUUACAUCUCAAUCCGUAUAGUUGGUCUAAGGUCUCAAAUAUUAUUUACCUAGAUUCACCGGCCGGUGUCGGAUUCUCUUAUUCUUGGAAUAUAAGCGAGUAUAUAACCGGAGACCAUAAAACCGCAACCGAUACACAUGCCUUCCUCCUCAAGUGGUUUGGUCUCUAUCCGGAGUUUGUUAGCAAUCCGUUCUAUAUUGCCGGAGAGUCUUAUGCCGGAAUCUAUGUGCCCACUCUUUCUUCCGAAGUGGUGAAAGGGAUCAAAGUUGGUGCAAAGCCCACAAUAAAUUUCAAGGGUUACAUGGUGGGAAAUGGGGUGUGUGACCCUGUUUUUGAUGGCAAUGCUCUAGUCCCCUUUACACAUGGGAUGGCCCUUAUUUCAGAUGAUAUUUUUCAGGGAGUUGAAUCUAGUUGUGGGAAAAAUUAUUCAAACCCUUCUAAGAUUUGUGACGAAAAUAUAAAAAAAGUUUACGAGGCAAUUUCCGACCUAAACAUUUAUGACAUCCUUGAACCUUGCUACCAUGAUCCUACUUCACAACUAGGCUCAAAAGGAAACAAAAGCUUGCCAGUUAGCUUCCAACAAUUAGGGGCUACAGCGAAGCCUCUUCCUGUGAGGACUCGGAUGUUCGGUCGUGCUUGGCCGUUUCGAGCACCGGUUAAGGAUGGUAUCGUCCCUUUAUGGCCUGAACUAGCACAAACGAACAGCCGCGAUGUCCCCUGUUUCAAUGAUGAAGUUGCGACGCUAUGGUUGAAUGAUGCAAAAGUUAGGCAAGCUAUUCAUGCCCAACCGGAAAAUGUAUCCGGGACUUGGGAGUUAUGUACCGAUAGAAUAAGCUAUAACCAUGAUGCUGGGAGUAUGAUUCCAUACCAUAAAACCCUAACACUCCAAGGUUAUCGAGCACUUAUUUACAGUGGAGACCAUGAUAUGUGUGUGCCAUACACUGGAACCCAAGCCUGGACCAGGUCACUCGGAUAUAAGACUAUUAUCCCAUGGAGAUCAUGGAUGUCUAAUGGCCAAGUCUCUGGGUACUUGCAAGGAUAUGACCAUGACAUUACCUUUCUAACCAUCAAGGGAGCAGGGCAUACAGUUCCGGAAUACAAACCAAUGGAAGCAUUAGACUUUUAUAGCCGAUGGUUGGAUCAUAAACCAAUAUGAGGAUGAAAUUGAAGAAAAGAUAGCACUUCUUUGUCAAUCUCCAAAUAUACCCUUUUCUUUUCCCCCAUUUUUCUAAUUAAAAUCAAUGAAAUAAUAUCAUUGGGGUUUUUUUUA